AUGAGGCCCUCCAGGCUCAUAGCGAGCACCCGCCCUAUAGCCCAAACAUGUGUCUCCUCCUUACCCCUCCCUUGCACCUCGCUCAGACCUCUCACAUCCACGACCCUCCCUCCACCCAGCCCAGCAUUCACCCAAAUCCGAGCCAAUCACUCCCACUCUUACACCACCCCUCCUUCUUCCCAGAUCAAAGACAAAGUACCGGUGGAACUGUCGUAUGAUGUGGUCGAGCCUUCGAAGCCGUCGCCAGAGGCUGAGGGGCAGAGCUUGGUGAUCUGUCAUGGGCUUUUUGGGUCGAAGCAGAAUUGGAGGUCUCUUGCCAAGGCGUUUGCUGCCCAGCUUGGUAUGCCAGUCUACACCCUCGACCUCCGUAACCAUGGUCAAUCCCCACACGCCUCCCCCCAUAACUACGCCGCUAUGGCCGCCGACGUUCACCACUUUUUCCAAGCCCGCAACCUCACAUCAGGCGUCAACCUGCUAGGCCACUCGAUGGGUGGAAAGGCGGUGAUGGCGGUGGCGCUGGAUAAUAAAUUGAAUGGGGCGUUGAGGACUCUGAUUAGUGUGGAUAUGUCACCGGCGAGGGGAAAGAUUUCGCCCGAGUUUGCGUCGUAUACGCAGGCGAUGAUUGAUAUUGAAGAGGCCAAAGUCAGGACCAAGCAGGAGGCCGACAAGAUAUUGCAAAAUACUGAGCCUAUGCUGCCUACUCGACAAUUCUUGCUCACCAACACUCGCCUGUCACGCGACGGCCCCGAGCCCCAUCUCGUCUUCCGUAUCCCCCUCCAACUCCUCUCCAAAGCCAUCCCCCAGAUCGGCGAUUUCCCUUACAAACCCCCUCCCCCUGUUACCGAUGCCUCCCCCGAGUGGCAAGGGCCGACGCUGUUCAUCAAGGGCGAGCACUCGAAAUAUAUCAACAAGCACAAUAUCCCUGUGGCAGAGCAGUUCUUCCCGAAUAUGAAGCUGGAAGUGCUCGAGACGGGGCACUGGGUGCACGCUGAGAAGCCUGCAGAGACGGUAGAGCUGGUCAAGGCGUUCAUCCAGGGAGCUUAA